ACUAUGUAGGUAUAGGUAUUGUUAUGGAAUGACGGCUCUGCAGUAAGAGUAGCGAAAAUGAUUAGCAAUUCAAGUUCAUAGAUAAGACUAGCAAAAGUCAUAAUUAAUAUUCUAGUGUUAUCGAUUAUUCAAACGUUCAUUUAUAAAUUCAGUUCUUUUGAAAGCGUUCAUACUUUACUAGCAAGGUUAAGAAAUAUAUGAAAUGCCGUGGCUCUCCUGUCAAAAGGUUAUAGCGAUGUAUACAUGAUUUCAUAAGUAACCUUUGUGAUAUACUAAUCAAAAUACUUCAGCUGACUGUCUAUUGCAUGUUUACUUGAAAAAAAAUGUCAUCACUCAAAGCAAGUGAUAUUGAUCUGGAUGUUCCUGAGUUUAGGGUCAAUCCUUUUCAACAAUCAAUAGCAUCCUGUACAGGAGCAUUUUUGACUUCUUUUAUUGUGACACCACUAGAUGUUGUGAAAAUUCGUUUGCAAGCUCAACAAAAGGCGAUGCUCUCAAAUAAAUGUUUUUUAUAUUGUAAUGGUCUAAUGGACCAUAUUUGUUCGUGUGCAAACGGAAAAGGAGGAAUGAGUCAAACAGAUUGGAUAAAAGCAAAUGGAAAAUUUACUGGGACACUGGAUGCCUUAGUUAAAAUAAGUAAGAAAGAGGGUGUACGAUCCCUGUGGAGUGGUUUAAGUCCUACAUUAGUAUUGGCUGUACCUGCUACAAUUGUAUAUUUUGUAUCUUAUGAACAGAUAAAACUGCAUUUAAAGGAUCAAUAUAAUAGUAAUGUUCAAAAUAAAAUUCAUCAAGAGCUGCCUCUCUGGAUUCCUGCUAUUGCAGGAGGAACAGCAAGAAUAUGGGCUGCUUCUCUGGUGAGCCCUUUGGAGUUGAUUAGAACAAAAAUGCAGUCACAGAAAUUAAGUUAUUCGGAAAUGGUGCAAGCUUUGAGAACUGUUGUAAAAUAUGGAGGAGUUGGAGGAUUAUGGAUGGGUUUAAGUUCUACUUUAUUACGUGAUGUACCUUUUAGUGCAAUUUACUGGUUUAGUUAUGAAGGGCUGAAAAACAGAUUUUCUGAAUUGCAACAAAAUUUUACUUUUAACUUUAUCUCAGGAGCUGUAGCAGGUUCUAUAGCAGCUUUUGUAACUAUUCCAUUUGAUGUAGUUAAAACUCAUAGACAAAUAGAAAUGGGAGAAAAACAAAUUUAUUCAGAUAAACCAAGACAAUCUAGGAGUACAUGGAGUACCAUAAAAAAAAUUUAUUCUCAAAGUGGUUUGAAAGGAUUAUUCACAGGACUUACUCCAAGAUUAGUUAAAGUUGCUCCAGCUUGUGCAAUUAUGAUUUCUACUUUUGAACAUGGGAAUCGUUUCUUUCAGAAUUAUAAUGCCAACAAAUAUUCUACAGGAUUAAAUAGUGAUGUUCAUUUGUUGAACCAAAAAUAAAUAAAAAUAUAAGUAGUUGCAUAUAUGUCAAAUAAAAUUGUAAAUAAGAAAUGGGCAAUCUUGAUAAAAUUUUUGUUGAUUAUUCCUGUUUUAUUAUAACAAAAAUUGUUGCUAUUUCCACAUGCGAAAGAUGCAGCUUUUAGUUUAUUACAUUUGUAAAAAAUGCUUCUAUAGGCUCUCAAUAAAAGAACAAACUAUUUUAAUGUA